AUGAAAGAACUGUUUGAUUUGACCACUCAGCUGGCCUGUUACAAGGGCUACCACAGCAAUGACACCAAUGUGCAGAUCCACGCAGUAUUUGUGCCCUUGAUUCUAUUCUCAUCAAUGGUGAUUCUGCAUCAUGUGGAGAUCUGGUCGGGUUGGACUUUGACGCAUUUUUUGGCAGCCACGUUUGCAGGCUACUAUUUAGUACUUGAUUUGAAAGCAGGCGCACUCGCGGCUUGCAUAUUGGCGAGCACAGUGAAGGGCAUAGACGUAGGAGUUUUGGAAAUUCCCGUCAAAUGGGCGGUUUUGGUAUUCGCAACGGGAUGGUUUGCGCAGUUUUACGGCCAUGCUGUUUUUGAGCGUCGCAGACCGGCAGUGGUGGACAAUUUGGUGCAGAGCUUAAUAACGGCUCCGUUUCUGAUUCUUUUCGAGCUGUUGUUUGCGUUGGGAUAUUACAAAGCGCUCCGGGUGGAGAUAAUGCAAAAGGUUACGGGGGACAAGAACCAAAAACCACAUUGA